GUGACAAAUUCCACCAUGUGGUGUGAAGUAGUGUCCCUUCUCCGCUCCCUGGGAAGUGCUCUGGUGUCCUACUUUGAUGCUAAGAAGAAAAGAAAAGUGGCAGAGAUUUACCAGGCUCUGAACAGUGACCCCAUUGACGUGGCAGCACUGAGGCGGAUGGCAAUCAGUGAGGGCGGGCUGCUCACGGACGAGAUCCGGUGCAAAGUGUGGCCAAAGCUGCUCAGUGUUAACACAGAUGACCUGCCUCCUCUUCCAGGGAAGGAGCUGCGAGAGGACAAUAAGGAUUACCAGCAAGUGUUACUGGAUGUGCGGCGAUCCCUGCGCCGCUUCCCUCCAGGAAUGCCAGAUGACCAGAGGGAAGGAUUGCAGGAGGAGCUCAUCGAUAUCAUCCUCCACGUCCUCAAGCGCAACCCCCAGCUCCACUACUACCAGGGAUACCAUGACAUCGUGGUCACCUUCCUCCUGGUGGUGGGGAACAGGCUGGCCACAGCACUGGUGGAGAAGCUCUCAACACAUCAUCUCAGGGAUUUUAUGGACCCAACAAUGGAUAAUACCAAGCAUAUUUUAAAUUACCUGAUGCCCAUCAUAGACCAGGUGAACCCUGAGGUGCAUGACUUCAUGCAGAGUGCGGAGGUGGGAACCAUUUUUGCUCUCAGCUGGCUGAUCACCUGGUUUGGCCACGUUUUGUCUGACUUCCGGCACGUUGUACGAUUAUAUGAUUUCUUCCUGGCUUGCCACCCGCUGAUGCCCAUUUAUUUUGCGGCUGUGAUCGUGCUGCAUCGGAAGCAGGAAGUUCUGGAGUGCGAGUGUGACAUGGCCUCUGUCCACCACCUCCUGUCCCAGAUCCCACAGGACCUUCCUUAUGAGUCUCUGAUCAGCAAAGCCGGGGUCCUUUUUGUCCAGUUCCCACCUUCCAAACUCGCCAAGGAGGCAGCUCAGGCGGAGCGAACUGCGGCUUCCACUUUUAAGGACUUUGAGUUGGCAUCAGUGCAGCAGAAACCAGACACUGUGUUGAGACAACGUUUCAGAGAGCGGCUCCGAGGGGAGGAGCGGCUCCGAGGGGAGGAGAGGACAAAAUCCAUCUUGACAAAGCCCCGGACCAACCGCUUUGUCAAGCUGGCAGUGAUGGGGCUGACGGUGGCACUAGGAGCAGCUGCCCUGGCUGUGGUGAAGAGCGCACUGGAGUGGGCACCCAAGUUUGAACUGGAGAUUUUCCCCUGAGACUGGAGGAAAGGCCUUUACUGUCACUGCAUCCAUCUGCAGCAGGAAGGGCUGAUGUUUGAUGAAGGACGUGUCCAGCAACGACCUGUCUGAAGAUUAUUUUUUAUUCUUACGGCGUCCAGUAACGCUUUUGGCCUUUGUGACAGAGACUGAGAGAACCAACCCAGCAGGACUGUUCCCCACACCAUGCUCACCUUGUUCCCCUCUCCCUGUGCAAGGAUGAGCAGACAGGCACUCCUGCUGUCCCCUGAGGAACCAGAGGUAUGGACAAGUUUGGCUGUUCAGGCUGUGCUCAGGUGACUGUACAAAGGGAGAGCUGUGCGUGGGCUGUGCCCAAAUGAUCCUGCAUUCUCCAUUGGGGAAAACUAGUGGGAGUGAGAGCAAAUCCUCACCUGGAGGAAAGUGUCCAACAGGGUUUGUUCUGGGUGCCUGAGUGUGUGAGGGUGGAGGGCUGUUGCAUUCCUGGGGAACAGGGCAGCACUUUGGCUCUUCAUUGCUCCACGUGUGCCCCACGAUCUGCCUUCAGCUUUGCCGGUGCCCCAGCUCUUCCCUGUCCUCUGGGCACUCUCUGAGCAGAGCCAAACCUUUCCCACACCCUGGCCAGCACAAUGCUGUGAGCUUCUCAUCAGUGUGUAACACUCCCUGGCUCUUUUUGCUUCCACAUCUUUGCAGCCUGAUUUGUUUGCAGCUCCCCUCAGCUCUCAGCCACUGCUGCGCUGGCAGUACUAUGACCUUAUCUGAGGUCAGUGAAGUGAGACACGAGUGCAGUCACCCUGCUGAAGGUGUGUACUGUCAUGUGCCAGGUUAUGCUACCACAAGCCUUAGUGGCACUGUAAACACCCAUUGCAGACUUCCUUAAUAGCUCUGGAAGUGGACACUAACAUGCCCACAUGGAGAAAGGUUUUUUUCCACCUUGUGAAACACUUUGCACAGGAUGGAAGUUGUUGCAAUAAGAAAUGUGUCAAAAACCUCCCCCACAAGCUGAUCAGGCUUCAGCAUUGCCUCUGGAAAUAACACGAGGGGUUUCCCAGAAAGGCCACCCUGAGCCCUGCAUAGCUCCCAUCUCCCCACCAGUCUUACUGGCAGUCCCAGCGCUCCCUGCCCUCCAAGUUAAGCAGCAAAUCCUUCUAGACAGCUCAGUGUCCCACUGAGACAAAGCCAAUAGACACUAUGCCUCUACCUCUCCCCCAAGCUGCUAAAUCUCCCUCAAGUGCCCUUACCUGUCCCUCAUGGCUCCCUCCCGCUGCCCCAUCAUUGCUCUGUUGUGCCCAAAGCCAUCUGUGCCAUGCCCAGGGGCUGCAUACCUGAAAAGGAAGUGUUUGUUGAAGGGAUUUUGGGAUAGAGAAGAAAACUCAUGCCCUGCAAAGCUCAGCAUCCCCCACUCCAACCCUUCUUGGUCCAUAACCGCCCUGGGUAUGUUCUGGUUUGCCCUGUGGGCCCUUGCUCAUGGAAGGGCUGUGCCUUUCUGGCCAGAGGGCAGGUGGACAGUUGUCAUUCCUGGCUUGUGUUCCCAUGAAGCUCUGAGCAGGAGUUCCCUUUGCCUCUGCAGGUGAAAUGUGGAGUGUGUGACACUGCCGUUGUCCAGGCAGGCAGCAAGACCUGUUCCCUCCUCUCCUCAGUGGUGCCAGUGCCCUUGGAGAGACCUGCUCAGGGGGCUUCUCUCAGUGUGGCUGAAGGCAAAGCCCAUUCCUUGGGACCCCUAGAGCAGCAGAGCAGGACUGGAGGCAGGAUCACUUAGCACUUUAGAAAUCAUUGGUGCAGGAGAGUGGUGACCUGGGAAUGCUGCUGGAGGGCACAGGACCGCUCUGUACACCACCCUGAAGGAGGGGAUGGCUGGAGCCCCCCAGGAGGAGUCCCUGCAGCCCCUCCAUUCCCUGGCCAUGAUGCACUUUAGUUCUUGCGUUGUCUCUGGGAGGGGAGAAGGGCCUGGGAGGGGACCGUGGCUGCGGGUGCUUCAGUUACUCUGUACAAAGACUUACACACGCCCUGUAAAUGCAGAUUUCUACAAACACUAAAACUGUAAAAUAAACAGUUACUAAACACACUUCCUGCCCUCCUCAAGCCGGGGCUGCCAGAUCUGCUGUUGUAGCACCCUGUGGCCCAGAACUGGCACCUUCCCUGCAGUGGCCAGGCCAGCUCAGUGUGGCCUCACAC